UGCAUUUUUAUUGGGAGAAAAAAACGCUGUAGUUAGACUAUAUAUUACUCAGAUUUCACAUUCUAUUAUCCUAUUAGUAUGCGAAAGCGGUGCGGUCUCAGUAACUGUACAGUACAGUAGUUUAAUGUAAGUGUUUUGUGAAGUAACACCAGUGGAUGCAGGACUUGUGUGCUAACGUGAAGUAUCGUCUCGUAUGCGCAGGACUAAGGCUAGGACAUUUUUACUUAAGUCUGGAGAAGAUCUAAACGUGUGUUUUGAUAGAGGUGCCUUCUUCACAAUACUUAUCCAUAAAGGAUGAGACUGAAGACUACACUUUUGAAAGAACCUAAACAUAAAGAGUUAGUUAGCUGUGUUGGCUGGACCACAGCAGAUGAGCUAUACUCUUGCAGCGAUGACCACCAAGUACUGAAGUGGAACCUGUUGGUAAAUGAAACAGUUCAAGUUGUGAAACUUCCUGAAGACACUUAUCCUACUGACCUACACUGUUUCCCUAAGACAGCCACUGGAAAGAAGCAAGUCCAGGCUGAAAUUUUUGUUCUAACUGGCAGUGAUGGAAAGUUUCAUCUUGUCUCCAAGACUGGGAGAGUUGAAAAAAGUGUUGAGGCCCAUCGUGGUGCUUUACUGGCAGGAAGGUGGAACUAUGAAGGAACAGCACUGGUUACAGUUGGCGAAGAUGGACAAGUCAAGAUCUGGUCAAAAAGUGGAAUGCUGAGAUCAACUUUAGCACAGCACGGAACACCUGUUUACUCUGUAGCUUGGAGUCCAGACUCUGAUAAAAUCCUUUACACAUCAGGAAAACAACUAAUUAUUAAACCACUUCAGCCAAGUGCCAAAGCAUUACAGUGGAAAGCUCAUGAUGGCAUCAUUUUAAAAGUUGACUGGAGCCUAGUUAGUGACCUUAUACUGUCGGGUGCAGAAGACUGCAAGUAUAAGGUGUGGGACAGUUAUGGCAGUCUGUUGUAUAGUUCACAGCCACAUGACUAUCCUUUGACAUCAGUGUCUUGGGCUGCUAAUGGAGAAUUGUUUGCUGUGGGAUCAUUUAACACUCUGAGACUUUGUGAUAAGACAGGGUGGUCUUACGCCUUAGAAAAGCCGAACACUGGCAGUAUACUCAAUAUUGCCUGGUCUGCAGAUGGUACACAAGUAGCAGGAGCCUGUGGAAAUGGGCAUGUGAUAUUUGCACAUGUAAUAGAACAGAGGUGGGAGUGGAAGAAAUUUAAAAUCUCCUUGCUCAAAAGGAGAAGUAUGCAGGUUCGAAAUGUAACAAAUGAUGCAGUUGAUAUGCUAGAAUUCAGAGACAGGGUUAUAAAGGCCUCCCUAAAUCAUGGACAUCUGAUUGUUGCAACCUCACUUCAGUGUUAUGUUUAUAGUACAAAGAACUGGAACACACCUCUAAUUUUUGAUCUGAAGGAAGGGACUGUUAGUUUAAUUCUACAAGCAGAAAGACAUUUUCUCCUAGUAGAUGGUGGAGGCAUCUAUAUAUUUUCUUAUGAGGGACGCCUGAUUUCUUCUCCGAAAUUUCCUGGAAUGAGAACAGACAUUCUAAAUGCCCAGAUGGUAUCUCUAAGCAAUGAUUCACUUGCAAUAAGAGACAAAGCUGAUGAGAAAGUAAUUUUCAUGUUUGAUACUGCUUCUGGAAAACUUCUUGGUGAUGGCAAGCCUUUUGCACAUAAGAUUGAGAUCUUGGAAACUGCCCUGAACCAGAGCGGACCAGCACAAGAAAGAAAGAUGGCAUUUCUUGACAAAAAUCAUGACCUUUACAUCACUGCUGUGCAGAGAUUAGGAAAAGAACAAAAAGUUUUCAAAAUUGGUACAAUGGUACAUACCAUGGCUUGGAAUGAUGCAACAAAUAUACUCUGCGGACUACAUGACAACAGUUUUAUAGUCUGGUAUUAUCCCAGCACCGUCUAUGUGGACAAGGAUCUUUUAUCAAAAACUAUAUUUGAAAAAGAUGCAAGUGAAUUCGGCAAAACACCACAGAUAGUGAAUUUUGUGGGAAGUCAAGUAACUAUCAGAAGAACUGAUGGGUCUCUAGUGUAUACUAACACAUCUCCAUACCCAGCCAUCCUUCAUGAAUAUAUUAGUGCUUCAGGAUGGGAUGAUGCUGUCAGACUGUGUCGGUUUGUUAAGGAGCAAACAUUGUGGGCAUGCCUUGCUGCUAUGGCAGUUGCCAAUAAAGAUUUGAAUACAGCUCAACUUGCAUAUGCAGCCAUUGGUGAGAUUGAUAAAGUUCAGUACAUUAACUUUAUCAAGAGUCUACCAUCAAGAGAGUCACGAAUGGCUCAUAUGCUGCUGUUUGGUGGAAAUGUUCAAGAUAGUGAAGCAGCAUUAUUGCAGGCAAACCUCAUUUACCAAGCUAUUCAACUGAAUAUUGAUCUUUUUUACUGGGACAGAGCUCUUGAUCUGGCUGUUAAACACAAGACACAUGUUGACACAGUUUUUGCUUUUAGACAGAAGUACCUCAAUGACUUUGGCAGAAAAGAAACCAACAAAAAAUUUU